AUGUCCUCAACAGCCACCACACCUCCAUCAGUGGACAAAGUGGACGGAUUUUCCCGGAAGUCUGUCAGGAAGGCCAAACAGAAGAGGUCGCAGAGUUCCUCACAGUUCCGAUCUCAGGGCAAACCCAUCGAGCUCACGCCUUUGCCACUGCUGAAAGACGUCCCGGCGCCGGAGCAGCCGGAGCUGUUCCUGAAGAAGCUGCAGCAGUGCUGCACCGUCUUUGACUUCAUGGACACGCUGUCCGACCUCAAGAUGAAGGAGUACAAGCGCUCCACGCUCAACGAGCUGGUGGACUACGUCACAGUCAGCCGGGGCUACCUGACGGAGCAGGCCUAUCCUGAAGUCGUUAAAAUGGUGUCCUACAAUAUAUUCCGGACCCUCCCUCCCAGUGACAGUAAUGAAUUUGACCCCGAAGAAGAUGAACCGACGCUUGAGGCUUCAUGGCCACACUUACAGCUCGUAUACGAGUUCUUCAUACGGUUUUUGGAGAGUCAAGAAUUCCAGCCCAGCAUUGCCAAAAAGUACAUUGACCAGAAAUUUGUAUUACAGCUACUCGAGCUCUUUGACAGUGAGGACCCCCGGGAGCGAGACUACCUGAAGACAGUCUUACACAGAAUUUACGGGAAGUUCCUGGGACUGCGGGCUUUUAUACGAAAACAGAUUAAUAAUAUUUUUCUACGUUUUGUUUAUGAAACUGAGCACUUCAAUGGGGUAGCUGAGCUGCUGGAGAUUUUGGGAAGCAUAAUCAAUGGGUUCGCUCUGCCUCUGAAGGCUGAACACAAACAGUUCCUGGUCAAAGUGCUGAUUCCCCUGCAUACAGUCCGGAGUCUCUCCCUCUUCCACGCACAGUUGGCAUAUUGCAUUGUACAGUUCCUAGAGAAAGACCCCGCAUUAACAGAACCCGUCAUCAGAGGCUUGCUAAAGUUCUGGCCAAAAACCUGCAGUCAGAAAGAGGUGAUGUUCCUGGGUGAGCUGGAGGAGAUCCUGGAUGUGAUUGAGCCCACACAGUUUGUAAAGAUCCAGGAGCCGCUCUUCAAGCAGAUCUCCAGAUGCGUCUCCAGCCCACACUUUCAGGUGGCAGAACGGGCAUUGUACUAUUGGAACAACGAGUACAUCAUGAGUCUGAUUGAGGAGAACUCCAGCGUCAUCCUGCCCAUCAUGUUCGCCAGCCUCUACAGGAUCUCCAAAGAACACUGGAACCCGGCGAUAGUAGCUUUAGUCUACAAUGUACUGAAAGCAUUCAUGGAAAUGAACAGUACCUUGUUUGAUGAACUCACAGCCACGUACAAGUCAGACCGCCAGCGUGAGAAGAAGAAGGAGAAGGAGCGGGAGGAGCUAUGGAAGAAGCUGGAGGAUCUGGAGCUGAAAAGGGGCCUUCGCAGUGACGGGAUCAUCCCCACUUAACACAGGCAGGCGCCAUCCGCGCCGCCCCGCGCCCUGUCUCUCAGCCAUCCACGGCCGUCUUAGCGCCAGAGAUGGAGCAGCCCACUUUUUUUUUCCCCCCCUGUAUUGUGCGACUUACUUUACGGUAGAUUUCACACGUCUGUUUCAUUAUUUCAACCGCACUGUAAAUAACUUCUUUUCCCUUAAAAUGAUAUUACGCUGAAAGAAAAAAAAAGUUAAAAACAAGCAAAAAAAAAAAAAUUAAAACAAGAAAAAGAAACACGCUGGGGGAAAAAGAGACUUCGGACAGUAGGACUUGAAACGAGCUCUUCUGGGAAAAAAAAAAUCGAUUUAAAAAAAAAAAAAAAAAAAAAGAUUAUUUUAACCCAUCCCCCCACCACUCGGAAGCCCCUCCCUCUGAAAUCGGUCCAUCCCCAUGUACUCGGUUCCACCUCUCUCUCCAAAGGUGCACGCGUACCUGUACCUCUUCGGAGGGCUGCGUUCCUGACUGUGCAGAACACGGGGUCCCUUCAGGAGGCAGGAGGGGCGUCGAGGCCAGGCCCCGAACAGGAGGAUGCAACCCCGCCUUUUGGAGGCUCGCAGGCUGGCCUCGUUCACCUCUCCCGCCGAAACAAACUGCUGCAGAGCCAUUAGCCUGAAGGAAGAAGGCAAAAAAGAAUUCAUCAACCCCCCCACCCCCACCCC